CUUUAGAGUUUAGUUGUCGUUGUCGUACAAUAGCGCUGUGAAGUGGCUGUGUUUUGUAAACAGUAAUUGAAUUAAAGAACAAUGAAGCUUUUAAUUCUGUUACUACUAGUUAUAAAUUUAAUAACUAGCCUAAUUAAGGCAAAUCCCGGUUAUGAUUGUCAAUAUUGCCAGCCUGAACAAGUACACAUAGCUUUCGGGACAAAACCUAAUGAUAUAAUAGUCACAUGGACAACUUUUAAUAACACCCAUGAGUCUCGAGUGCAAUAUGGUUUGGGGGAGAUGAGUAUGGAGGCUGUGGGUAGUCGACACCGGUUCACAGAUGGUGGUCAGCUGCACCGACAUAUGUGGAUACAUCGAGUUACUCUGCUAGAUCUCAAGUUUGAUUCUAAAUAUGAAUAUCAUGCGGGGUCCGUAUAUGGGUGGUCGGAGUUGUUCUCCUUCAAGACGCCGCCAGAGGGGGACAAGUGGGUGUUACGGGCUGCCAUCUACGGAGACAUGGGGAAUAAGAAUGCACAUUCACUUUCGUACCUGCAAGACGAGGCGCAGCGAGGCCACUUCGACGUGAUCCUCCACGUGGGAGACUUCGCCUAUGACAUGGACACGGACAACGCCCUCGUGGGCGACGAGUUCAUGAGGCAGAUCCAGCCCUUGGCCGCCUCCGUGCCUUACAUGACCUGUCCUGGAAACCACGAGGCCGCUUAUAACUUCAGCAACUACCGCAACCGUUUCUCGAUGCCGAACCACGAGCGAUGGGAGAGCAUGUUCUACUCGUUCGAUCUGGGUCCCGUCCACUUCGUCUCCAUCUCCACCGAGUACUACUACUUCCUCGAGUUCGGUCUCAAGAUGCUCUCGGAGCAGUUCGAGUGGCUGCAGAGGGAUCUCAGCGAAGCCAACAAGCCGGAGAACAGGGGCGAACGACCCUGGAUCAUACUGUACGGCCACAGGCCCAUGGUCUGCAGCAAUAUUGCGGACGAUUGCUGGAACAACUUCCUGCCCAAUCGCGUCGGCUUGCCGGCUUUAGGCUUCGGUCUCGAACCACUGUUGCGUGACUUCGGGGUGGACGUAGUGAUCUGGGCCCACGAGCACUCGUACGAGCGUACUUGGCCCCUCUACGACCUCAAAGUGUACAACGGCUCGACCGAGCGACCGUACGUUAACCCGCGGGCACCGGUACACAUAAUAACCGGUUCGGCGGGUUGUCAGGAAGACACGGACGGCUUUAAGUCUCGUCCCCCGGCGUGGUCCGCCUUCCGCUCCAGCGACUACGGAUAUACGCGCUUCAAGGCCUACAAUCACACGCAUAUUUAUUUCGAACAGGUGGACGUGGACGAAGACGGUCGCGUGAUAGACUCCGUGUGGAUAGUGAAGGACAAACAUGAAGCUUAUCACUUCGAUUAAUAGUUAACACGAGUGCUUUUAGCGAUACUGACCAAUGUUACAUUUUUCCAAAGAAUUUGUGAUACUUACUGUGUAAAAAUAUUUAAUAAAUGAUUUUUAUACAA